AUGGGCAAGUUCAGCUUUGGCAGCAAAAAGGGUGGCGACGAAGACGAUGGCGGUCGCAGCAGCCUGUUCAGUCGAAAGAAGUCAUCCCCUGCCCCUCAAUCCGACAACCCGUACGCUCGACAACCCUCCCAAGCUGAUCCAUAUGCCGACCCGGCGAAGAUGACCGCCUAUCAAAAAGCUCGAGCUGGCCUCGACCGACCGGCAGGGCCCCAAGGAGGCAAUGGAUCAUACGAUGGAGGACCUUCUGGCGCACCUCGCCCUCAAGCACAGAACGCGUAUUCGUCAUCCUCAUCUUCGCCAGGGCCAAAGAGUGGCGGAGGGUACGGCGCACCCCCUCCUCAACAGGGAUAUGGCAGUGAUCGCUAUGGCUCCGGUGGUGGAUACGGCGGCAAUCGAUACGAAGCGCCCUCGCAGAACCAGUACAAUGCCCCGGCAGCCGGUGCUAGAGGCCCUGGCGGCUAUGGAGGUCUUGGUUCAGUGAGCAACGAGGAGCCCGAUAGCAAUCGUGACGCACUCUUCUCGGGAGCUCAGGAGCGCGCGCAAAGACUGCCGCCGCAGGCGCACGAUCCGCCCCCGACUUAUUCACAGGCUGGCGACGCCCCGGCCGGUGGUGAUUACGGGGGCUAUGGCGAGCAAAGGGAGCUCACGGCUGAGGAGCAGGAAGAGCAAGAGUACCAGGCCAUCCUGGCGGAGAAGAGGAAGGUCCAGCAGGAGAGCGCCGGCUCCGUCAAUCGCUCUCUCUUGGUCGCACAGCAAGCCACUGAGGUUGGGCAAGCCACCUUGGCUCGCCUCGGAGCACAAGGCGAGCGCUUGUACAACACCGAGAGGCACCUCGAUCUCGCAUCGAACCAGAACAAGAUUGCGCAGGAUAGGGCAGCCGAACUCAAGACGCUGAACCGCAGCAUGUUUGCGGUCCAUGUGGGCAACCCCUUCACUUCCAAGCAGCGACAGAUGAAGGCGGACGAGGAGGUCCUCGAUCGCCAUCGCUCCGAGCGGGAGCAGAGGGAGGCUACACGUCGAGACGGCUAUGCCGCGAACCAGCGGAUGGAAAGCAAUUUCAAAGAUGUGUCGCGCGGGCCACAAGUUCGUCGGACUGGCAACAAGAACUACGGCAAAUAUAACCUUGACGACGAGGAUGACGAAGCACGGCAGCUGGAAGACCAGAUCGACGAUGGUAUUGAUCAACUCAGUGGCCAAGUCCACAUGAUGAACCGCAUUGGUAAGGCCAUUGGUCAAGAGGUCGACACCCAGAACUCGCAAAUCAACCGCAUUAUGGACAAGAGCGAUGCUGUAGACGAUCAAACAAGGAUGAACAGAGAGCGCCUAGCUCGUAUCAAAUAG